GCUGUGACAGCACUUGUGAAAAACUAUCCGAAGCACAUGGUUUCAUCAAUGCAGCAGAUCCUGCCCAUUGUCUGGAAUACCCUUACAGAAAGUGCCGCCUUUUAUGUGAGAACGGAAGUAAAUUACACAGAAGAGGUGGAGGACCCUGUGGAUUCUGAUGGUGAAGUAUUGGGCUUUGAAAAUCUAGUGUUCAGCAUAUUUGAAUUUGUUCAUGCCUUGUUGGAAAACAACAAAUUUAAGAGCACAGUGAAGAAGGCUUUGCCAGAGCUGAUCUAUUACAUCCUCCUUUAUAUGCAGAUCACAGAGGAGCAGAUAAAAGUUUGGACAGCAAAUCCACAACAAUUUGUGGAGGAUGAAGAUGAUGAUACUUUUUCUUAUACAGUGAGGAUUGCUGCACAGGAUCUGUUGCUGGCUGUGGCUGCUGAUUUCCAGAACGAGAGUGCAACUGCUUUGGCUGCAGCAGCUACAAGACAUUUACAAGAAGCUGAGCAGGCUAAAAACAGCGGUGCUGAGCACUGGUGGAAAAUACAUGAAGCUUGUAUGCUGGCCCUGGGCUCUGUGAAGUCUAUUAUUACAGACAGUGUGAAGAAUGGUAGAAUACAUUUUGAUAUGCAUGGCUUCCUGACAAAUGUUGUUCUUGCAGAUCUCAACCUUUCAGUGUCUCCUUUUCUCCUGGGUCGUGCUCUCUGGGCUGCCAGCCGUUUUACAGUGGCUAUGUCUCCAGAACUAAUCCAGCAGUUCCUGCAAGCUACUGUCAGUGGUCUGCAUGAAACCCAGCCUCCUUCUGUCCGAAUCUCUGCAGUCAGAGCAAUCUGGGGCUACUGUGACCAGCUGAAGAUCUCUGAGAGCACCCAUGUGUUGCAGCCUUUCCUUCCUAGCAUUCUUGAUGGACUGAUCCACUUGGCAACUCAGUUCAGUUCAGAGGUCCUAAACCUUGUGAUGGAGACACUGUGCAUUGUCUGUACGGUAGACCCAGCAUUUACAGCGAGUGUGGAAAACAAAAUCUGCCCCUUCACGAUUGCAAUAUUCCUGAAGUACAGCAAUGAUCCAGUUGUUGCAUCUCUUGCCCAAGAUAUCUUUAAGGAGCUAGCUCAGAUAGAAGCCUGCCAAGGUCCAAUGCAGAUGAGGCUGAUACCAACGCUUGUCAGCAUCAUGCAAGCCCCUGCUGACAAGAUCCCAGCAGGGCUUUGUGCAACUUCUAUUGAUAUAUUGACCACAGUUGUGAGGAAUACAAAACCUCCUCUGUCCCAGCUCCUGAUCUGCCAAGCAUUCCCUGCAGUGGCUCAGUGCAGCUUGAACACCGAUGACAAUGCUACUAUGCAGAAUGGUGGCGAGUGUCUGCGUGCAUACGUCUCGGUGGCACUGGAGCAAAUUGCACAAUGGCAUGAUGAGCAAGGCCACAAUGGACUGUGGUAUGUGAUGCAGGUGGUGAGCCAGCUUCUAGAUCCAAGGACCUCAGAAUUCACCGCUGCCUUUGUGGGCAGGCUGGUCUCCACUUUAAUUUCGAAAGCGGGAAGUGAACUGGGAGAGAAUCUGGACCAGAUCCUGAGAGCCAUCCUGAGCAAAAUGCAACAAGCAGAGACGCUCAGUGUAAUGCAGUCCUUGAUUAUGGUGUUUGCUCACUUGGUUCACUCACAACUGGAACCACUCCUAGAGUUCCUGUGUAGUCUCCCUGGACCAACUGGCAAGCCUGCCUUAGAGUUUGUAAUGGCCGAAUGGAUGAGCCGGCAGCACUUGUUCUAUGGGCAAUAUGAAGGCAAAGUCAGCUCUGUAGCAUUGUGUAAACUCCUUCAGUAUGGCAUCAACACAGAUGACAAGCGACUUCAGGACAUUAGGGUAAAGGGAGAAGAAAUAUUUAAUAUGGAUGAGGGAAUACGGACACGAUCGAAGUCGGCCAAAAAUCCUGAACGCUGGACAAACAUUCCUUUGUUAGUAAAAAUCUUAAAAUUAAUAAUAAAUGAACUCUCUAAUGCGAUGGAAGCAAAUGCAUCUAGACAGACAACUGCAGAUUGGAGCCAAGAUGAUUCAAAUGAUAUGUGGGAAGAUCAGGAAGAGGAUGAGGAUGAAGAUGAAGGCUUAGCAGGACAGUUCUUAUCAGAUAUUCUUUCCACAAACAAGUAUGAUGAGGAUUAUUAUGAAGAUGAUGAAGAGGAUGAUCCAGAUGCAUUAAAGGACCCUCUUUACCAAAUAGAUCUCCAGGCCUAUCUCACUGACUUCCUCUGUCAGUUUGCGCAGCAGCCCUGCUAUGCAAUGUUUUCAGACCAUCUCAAUGAGAAUGAAAAGCGAGUGUUACAGGCCAUUGGUAUAUAAACCCUCGAGAAACCAUCCUGAUCAUAUCUGAACAAUAUUUUUUUGGCUUAUUCCACGUUUUAUGAUUAAGCAUAAAACAUUUUCCAGUGUCUACCUGCUUGUUACAAGUGGAUGAUGGCCUCGUUGCGAUGUUUUGAGCCUCAUCUUAACAUGAAUCUGUUAAGGGAAGGAAUACUAAGAAAGCAGCAAGGACAGAAAACUGUAGAGCUUUGCACAUUGGUCUCACCAUGGGAGCACUUUUCAUUUUCCACAGUAACUUUCCAGGAAGUUCUUGAAGAUAAAAAAAUGUGUCCUUAAUAUUUUUAAAAGCAAACUGUCUCUACCUGUGAAGAGGCACUUAACUGGGUUUCCCACAGCACAGUUGGACAGAGAAAGGAAUUGGGUCGCUUGCAGAUUGCUUGGAUGUAUCUUGAGAAAUUGGAAGGUUGUCCCUCUUCACGCUCGCAUAACACAUACAGGGUAAAUAUCUUGAUCUUACGGCGUGACUUCUUUUUAUAGAACUAUAGACUCUUUUAUCAGAGAUGCCUGAAUGGUA